GCUGGGACGCGGGACAUCAAGCGCGCCAGGCUGCGGAGCAGCAGCGAUUUGGAGGCGGCCACCGACGCGGCCUCGAGGGGCGCCUCGCGGCGCGCCUCGCCAAAGCUGGGCCCUGGCGUGCCCGAGGGAGCGUGCCAGAUCGCGACGGAGGCCGACAUAGACUUCCAGCUCUCCGGCGGGGAGCCGCCCGCCGCCUCGCCGCCGCCCGGGGCGCCGGCGCCCGCGGCGAGCCUGGAGACCUUCGAGGGCCUCCUGGACCACGAGCUGCUGCUGGAGUCCAUAUAUGGUGCCCAGGGCCUGGACCUGCGAGCGCAGCAGGAUACGGCCACGAAGCUGCUGGCCGAAGUUGGCCUGCGAGCGCUCGAUCUGGGGGUGAAGAACUGGGACGAGGACGGCGGGGAGAUGCUGAACCAGUGCUUCUACCUCUCCAUCGCCCGCUCCUACCUCGGACCGCACGUGGAGCCCCAGGACCAGAAGGGGGGAUGAGGAACUCCGCCCUGCUCUUCAAGCGCACCGUGGAGGCGUGCGUGCUCGCCAAACACCCGGAGUGGGCCACCGACCAGCGCAUGCUGGGCGAGAACGCCAUGGCGUUCGCGGAUUUUCUGCCGAUAGACCCUCCGAACCUGGCCGCCAGGCUCGCGGUGCUCAUCCUGGACACCACGCAGGGGCACGCCGAGGUCUACCUGGGGCCCGACUACGCCGGGCCGCGUGGCGCAGGCGAGUCCGCCAGGAGAGACCGGGAGGAGCUGGAGAGGCACCUCGUGCUCUUGUGCUACACCCCGGGACACUACAAG